UUCUUAUUUUGUUUGUCAAAAAUUAUUGCAAAUGCUAAUUUCUUCGUCUCCAUAUAGAAAAAGAACAAAAAAAACUGUCUUUGAAUCCAAAGUCUCUGUCUUUUCUCUCUCCUUCGUCACCAUCUCUGUGUAACACUUACUAAGAAACUUCCUUUGCCUCUCAUGGGUUUUUGCUUAAUACCCUGAAAAUUAAUUAAAGUAUCUUCCUUUUUGGCUAAUAAAUCUUUCUUUAAGCUCUUGUCAUUGUUCUUAAUUUUCUUCUGCAAGUUAUUUAGGUCUUUUUGAUGACUACUUAGUGAGAGAUUUUGGGGGUUUUGCUUCUUUUGCUGAAUUAGAAUUUGAAGAAAUAUUUAGGGAAGUAGAAUACUUUACUUAUCUUCAACUAUGCAGCUUUCUCUUGUGAGUCUUCUUGUUUUAGGGUUCCUCUUUGUGUCCUGUGACGCGUUUGCCUCUAAUGAAGUUGAAGCUCUUAUUAGAUUCAAGGAAGCUAUGUAUAAGGACCCUUUGCUAAUUUUGUCUAAUUGGAAUGUCCCCAAUUUGAGUCCUUGUGAUUGGAACGGGAUUAUAUGUUCUCCAACUAAGGAUUAUGUUAUCAAGAUAAUUAUAUCGAAUACAUCGUUGAGAGGGUUUCUUGUGCCAGAAAUUGGUCAGAUGACCUACUUGCAAGAACUGAUCCUGAGUGGGAACAUUUUAAUGGGGACAAUCCCAAAGGAGAUAGGAAAGUUGAAGAGACUCAAGAUCUUGGACUUGGGAAACAAUCAUUUGACAGGAGAGAUUCCAGCAGAGAUAGGGAGAUUGUCAAGCAUUAGGACACUAAAUCUUCAGUCCAAUGGGUUAAUAGGAACGUUACCUCCAGAGAUUGGAAACUUGAAGUACCUUAAAGAACUUAUUAUUGACAGGAAUAGGCUUGUAGGAAGUAUUCCUAUUGCCGCAAAUACAUCAAAAAUUGGUUUGUGCGAGUCUUCUCUACCGAAAGUGGCAGAUUUUUCUUACAACUUUUUCGUGGGAAGUAUUCCGAGUUGCUUGGAUUACCUUCCAAGAACGAGCUUCCAAGGAAACUGCAUGCAAAUCAAGGAUGUUAAGCAGAGGCCUUUUUCACAAUGUGCUGCAAUCGUGGCCAAGAAGAAGCAUCCUAUCUGGCUUCGGAAUUUUGAGAUAGUCACGGGAUCAUCUGUUGGUUUGCUCUUUCUAGUUGUACUUUUCUCUGCAUUUAGCUUGUGCAACGUAAAGCGCUCUCUCAUCGUUCCUUGGAAGAAAUCUGCAAGUGAAAAGGAGAAGUUCACUACUGUCUAUGUUGAUUCUGAAAUGCUGAAGGAUGUUUUAAGAUUUACAAGACAAGAGCUAGAAGUGGCGUGUGAAGACUUCAGCAACAUCAUUGAUUCUUGUGCAGAUAGUCAGAUAUACAAAGGAACAAUAAAAAGCGAGACUGAGAUCGCAGUGAUCUCUCUCUGCGUUAAAGAAGAAGAUUGGACCGGAUAUCUCGAGCUUAAUUUCCAGAGAGAGGUUGCGGAUUUGGCUAGGUUAAACCAUGAGAAUGCGGGGAAAUUAUUGGGAUACUGUAAAGAGAGCACACCGUUUACAAGAAUGCUUGUUUUUGAGUAUGCAUCGAACGGGACACUAUACGACCAUCUCCACUAUGGGGAAGGGAGUUUAGUAUCGUGGGCAAAACGCAUGAAAAUUGUUAUAGGCAUCGCACGUGGUCUCAAGUACCUUCAUACUGAACUCAAUCCUCCAUUUACUGUCUCUGAGUUGAGCUCAACUGCAGUGUAUCUCACUGAAGAGUUUACUCCCAAGCUGGUUGAUUUCAAAUCCUGGAAGUCGAUUCAGGUAAGAUCAGAGAAGAAUCUGAGGAAUAUCAGUUGUGAAGGAGCUAUAUGUGUACUACCCAAUGCAAUAGAGCACCGAGAUCUUGAUUUACAAGGGAAUAUCUACUCAUUUGGCAUUCUUUUGGUGGAAAUUGUAAGCGGAAGACCUUCUUAUUGCCAAGAGAGAGGGUGCUUGGUGGAAUGGGCAAGGGAAAAAUACCUUAGUGCACCAGAUGUGAUAACUAGCUUGGUGGAUCCUGAGCUCAAGCAUUUCAAUCAAAAAGAGCUUGAGGCGGUAUGUGAAGUGGCCAAUCAAUGUCUGAACUUGGACCAGAGUGAAAAAGACAAGGAUAAGCCUCCCUGUUCGAUUCAGACACUUUGUGACACACUAGAGAGUAGAAUCACUGUGUCCAUUUCUGCAGAAUUCAAAUCAUCUUCUUUGGCAUGGGCCGAGCUCGCGCUGGGCUCGCCUUCCAACGAUGACCAAGAUGAAAGGAGUAAAUAAAUUGGCUUAUGAGUUAUGACAUUAACUUUUUCAAACUUUUUGCUACUUUUUUGCAUGGUUGUUGCCAAAGCUAGAUGACAUCUCUUAUUUGUACAUGGCUUACAAGAAGAAUUUUAUAGUCGAGGCCACGCCUGGGAUAAGUCAUCAGGUAUAUGUUACGGUCAAUCUAUUGUUAGGCUGGAGGUGUAAUCUUGUACUAAGUUCUUGAAGAACUGAAUUUGAGUUUUAGCCAAAAAAAAAAAAAUAAAGAUUGUUUAAAAUUAGAGGGAUAAGAUAUCACAUGAACUAUUUCUCAAACCCCUCAUAACUUUUUGAUCAACAUACAAAUCUGGUAACCGAAUAAAAGUUAUAAUAAACUCACCUUUUCAAACUAGUUUUGGACUACAAGCCAACAAUCAAAACGAAAAAGUGAAAAAGAAAAAAAA